CAAAGAGAGAGAGACCUAUUCGAUUUCUGAUCUCCUAAAAAACCUACCUUUUGACCACCUUACUGGUCAGUUUGUUACCACAAUACCCACUCUCUCUCUUCUUUCUCUCUCCUCUUUUUUUCUCUCUCUUCAUCCUCAAUUAACCAAAAACAAACCCCUUCUCUUAUUGUUCUUUCUCUUUCUCUCUGUUAGUUUUUAUUAUUCUCUUUCUCACUGUUUUUUCAUGGUUUUCCUAUAACCCUAAUUUGCUUUUUCUGUAACACACUCCCACUUCACAGGGAAAGGAACUGAAAAACCAAGAGAAAAUUGGAGGGAAUUAAGGGUUGGGAUAUAUGUCCGUCAAUCAAUCGAGGUCGGAUAAGAACGAGAACACCCAGUAUCGAAAAACAACGCGAUCCGCGAGCUCCAAUCAACAGCGGGGCUUCUCAGGAGCUUACGGUAAGGGCAGCGGCGCCGGCGUCGGUGGGCCCGCCCCUUCACCGUCCAUUUCAUCUAACCGCAGUCUUAAGAAGUCUAAUAACAAUGCACAAGGAGGGCAAUCGAGGGCUAAUAUUUCCAGUGUACAUUCUUCGGAUUCUACUAAUGCUGCUAUACCGCGUGGGGCACAAAACGGUGCUCACACACAGCCCCAAUUGCAAGGAGAAUCCUUUAUUGUUCGGGGAUCCAAGAAGAUUUCCAAGCAAGUGGAGCCAUCGUCCACUCAAAGAAGCUCCCGACCUGUUCCGAAAGCUCCAACUUCUCAGUCUUCCUCCGUGAGUCCUGACACUGCAGCAACGAACACCCCCACAAAGGCCCCAGGAGAUGGAACCAAAGCAUUCCCAUUUCAGUUUGGGACAAUAAGUCCUGGUUUUGUGAAUGUGAUGCAGAUUCCUGCUCGAACUAGCUCUGCUCCCCCAAAUCUGGAUGAGCAGAAACGUGAUCAGGCACGUCAUGAUUCUUAUAGAUCUGCUCCUCCAGUGCCAACGCCAUCUGUUCCUAAGCAGCAGCUACCGAGGAAGGAUCCAGGUGGUGUUGAUCAGCUCAACACUGCUGAGGCACAUCCAGUGCCGAAGCCUAAAAAGGAUGUGCAAGUCUCACCUGCACCUUCUAGCCAAAGUCAGAAACCUUCUGGUCUUCCGAUGACUGGAAUUUCUAUGCCAAUGCCAUUCCACCAGCCACCAGUUUCUGUCCCGUUUGGUGGCCCUAAUCAACAGAUUCAGUCCCAGGGUGUGUCAGCUUCUUCACUUCAAAUGCCAAUGCCUAUGCAAUUACCAAUGGGAAGUGCUCCUCAAGUGCAGCAACAAGUGUUUGUUCAAGCACUCCAACCGCAUCCAAUGCAGCCGCAGGGAAUCAUGCAUCAGGUUCCAAGCCUGGGUUUCACAACUCAAAUGGGUCAGCUGCCUCCACAAUUGGGUAACUUGGGGAUGGCCAUCCCCCCCCAAUUCGCCCAACAACAGGGAACAAAGUUUGGUGGUCAUCGUAAAACUCUUGUCAAGAUUACUCAUCCAGAGACACAUCAGGAGUUGAGGUUUGACAAACUGACAGAUGCAUAUCCAGGUGGUGGAUCGUCAGGCCCGAGGCCUCAAGUUAAUGCUUCUCCCCAAUCCCAGCCAUUUACGCGGUCGCCUUAUACUACUCCUUAUAAUCCUAGUCCGAUAUAUUUAUCAACCCCUAAUCCACCUUCUUUAACAAGUAGUGCAAUGCAGCCCAAUUCUCAGGUACCGAUAUUUAGUAAUCUUGUCAGCCAGGGUACCCAGAAAGUGACAGUCAUGAAUCCAUCAGCUCCUAAUCUCCCUGUUAGUAAGAGUGGGACCCACAUGCAUGGGGUUUUGGAAGCGCCUAACUCAGAACAUGCACGUGAUGCACAGAAUGUAAUUUUUUCUGCACCAUCAGGAACUACACAUGUGACCAUUAAACCGGCAACUGGCUCUAUUAGAGAAAAUAUUCCAGAUUCAUUGCCAAAUAGCUCACCUGCUGUUGAAAAAGGUGAAUCCACCAAGCCUUCAAAGUCAUCUGUGGAAACUAGCUUAGCCCAUCCUCGAAGGGAUCCUGAGGUAUCUACAGAUAGCUCUUUAGAGCAAUCAAAAUCUGUCAGUGAAUCGGUAUCCAAGCCAAUGGCAACUACUACACCUGCAGGUGCACCUGCUGCUGUUUCUGUUGAAAGCAGUGUUUCUAAUUCUUUGUCCCCUGCUUCAGCUGCUCCAGCUGAGGAGUCUCUACCAGUGGUGGCUAAUUCUGAACCCAGAAGAAAGGAAACCCUUAGUAGGUCCAACUCAUUUAAUGAUAACCAGAAAAAUUGCGAAAAGAAAGGUCAUGGUCUGCAUCAGGUUGGUGGGCAAUCUACUUCUUUGUCAACUUUACCAUGUCAGCCUUCAGAACAAGGUGUAUCCUCUGGCAGUGGUGUUCCAGUUCCUUCGGUGAGUUGUGAAGAUGUUCCAGAAUCCACUGAGGAAUCGCAGUCAACCAUCAGGGCUGCCAGUUAUGAUGCUUCUGAGGCCAAUGCUGACAGUAUUGCAGAAGGCACUGCAUCUGUUUCAUCAGAAAUUUCUAGCGCAGGGACUGCACUCGGUACUUCUAGCUCUGUUAAUUUUAGCAGGCUUGAGGAUUCUUCUCUGCAUGAUGAACAAAUCAAAGACACCUCUGUUGGAGCAGAAGAAGAACAAGGGGAAAUAAGAAUUCCCCAACAAAAUAUUAAUACUUCUGAAGUUGCUUCAGAGCACAAGUCCUCAAAAUCAAUGGAGCUGCAUGAAGAAACUAGGCAUGAAUCUGUUCCAGAGGAAACAACUAGUAAUGUUGUUUUGACAUUGGAAACUGCACAGGGAGGAAUGGAUGAACCAGGGAGCCGUUGCACAGAACAAGAGAGAAUUGGUGCUGAUUUAUGUAGGUCUACAUCUACAGUAGUGGAUUCAAAGGAAGUAGAAGGUUCUUAUGGGGACAAGUCCUUGAGCAGAAGUGAUAGCAUAAGUAGUAAUGAAAUUGCUUUUCCAAAAUCUGGAAGAUUAGAUGACCAGUCUGCUCCAGCUCAAGCAUCUGGAGGUUUGAAUGCAACCUCAAAACAUGAUGGUGGUAAUGUAGAGAAUGUUGGUGGUGGUGGGGUAAGUGCAGAAAACACUGAUGCAGCUGGGGUUCCACAGUUGGGUUCCAAAGACAAACCCCUUAUAGAACUGAAUAGGUCAAAAAGUACUGUUUCCAAGGGGAAGAAGAAACGAAGAGAAAUUCUUCAGAAGGCGGAUGCUGCUGGAACAACAUCUGAUCUCUAUAUGGCAUAUAAGGGUCCUGAAGAAAAGAAAGAAGUGCUUAUUUCUUCUGAAAGCACUGAAAACAUUUCUGGUAACAUAGAUCUUAAGCAUUUAGCUGCUGAUGAACCUCAGGAAGAUCCCAUAUUAAGUGAGAAAGAUGCUCAGGGUAAAGUUGAGCCAGAUGAUUGGGAAGAUGCUGCUGACAUCUCUAAACCGAAAUUGGAAACCUCAGAUAAUGGAGAACAGGUCCAUGGGGAUAUGGUGCACGAUGACAAAUAUGGAACGGGAAAUAUGGCAAAAAAGUAUUCUAGAGAUUUUCUUCUGAAAUUUGCAGACCAAUUUAUUGAUCUUCCAGAGGGUUUUGAAGUUAAGUCUGAUAUAGCUGAUGUGUUGAGUAAUGCUAACAUCAGUUCCCCUCAUCUUGUUGAACGGGAUUCAUUCUCCAGUCCAGGUAGAGUUUUUGAUAGAUUAGGAGGGGCACCUCGACUAGAACGACGUGGUAGUGGAUUGAUUGAUGAUGACAAAUGGAGUAAACAGCCUGGAUCUUUUGGUUCAGGACAUUUGCGUCUGGAUCUUGCUUUUGGAGCUAGUGCAGGCCUUCGACCUGGCCAACUGGUAAAUUAUGGUGUUCUGAGGAAUCCACGUGGACCUAUUCAAUAUCCUGGAGUUUUAGCCAGUCCUAUGCAGUCAGUCGGUUCACAGGGAAUGCAAAGAAAUAGUGUUGAUGCUGACAGGUGGCAGCGAGCCACUCAUUUUCAUAAGGGUUUAAUUCCUUCUCCACAAACUCCUUUACAGAAGAUGCACAAAGCUGAGAAGAAGUAUGAAGUGGGUAAAGUAACAGAUGAAGAAGAGGCUAAACAAAGGCAACUAAAGGCAAUAUUAAACAAACUCACUCCACAGAACUUUGAAAAACUGUUUGAGCAAGUAAAAGCUGUUAACAUUGAUAAUGCUGAGACACUCACUGGUGUCAUCAAUCAGAUCUUUGACAAAGCUCUGAUGGAGCCUACUUUCUGUGAGAUGUAUGCUAACUUCUGUCAUCAUCUUGCUGGAGAGUUGCCUGAUUUUAGUGAAGACAAUGAAAAGAUAACAUUUAAGAGGUUGCUUCUAAACAAGUGCCAGGAGGAAUUUGAAAGAGGAGAAAGAGAGCAAGAAGAAGCCAACAAGGCUGAUGAAGAGGGUGAGAUAAAACAGUCUGAAGAAGAAAGAGAAGAGAAGAGAAUUAAGGCACGGAGAAGAAUGCUUGGUAACAUUAGAUUAAUUGGAGAGUUGUACAAGAUGAGAAUGUUGACUGAGAGAAUAAUGCAUGAGUGCAUUAAAAAAUUGUUAGGAAAUUACCAAAAUCCUGAUGAAGAAGAUGUUGAAGCUUUAUGUAAACUAAUGAGCACAAUUGGAGAGAUGAUUGACCAUCCAAAAGCUAAAGAGCAUAUGGAUGCAUAUUUUGAUAGGAUGAAAAGCUUAUCAAACAAUAUGAAACUAUCUUCUAGGGUUAGGUUCAUGUUGAGGGAUUCAAUUGAUCUCAGAAAGAACAAAUGGCAGCAGAGGAGGAAAGUUGAAGGGCCGAAGAAGAUUGAGGAAGUGCAUAGAGAUGCUGCUCAAGAACGACAGGCACAAGCAAGUAGGCUGGCCCGUGGUCCAGGUCCCAAUUCAUCAGUAAGAAGGGGGCCUCCUAUGGAUUAUAGUCAAAGAGGGGCGUCCAUGUUAUCUUCCCCCAAUUCACAGAUGGGCAGUUUCCGUGGAUUGCCUGCACAGGUUCGUGGUUUUGGCAAUCAAGAUGUUAGAUUUGAUGAAAGACAGUCUUUUGAGGCCAGGACCCUUUCAGUUCCCUUGACUCAAAGACCUGUUGGUGAUGAUUCAAUUACUCUGGGGCCCCAAGGUGGUCUUGGCAGAGGAAUGUCUGUUAGAGGGCCACCUUCUUUGUCAACAGCUCCUUUAGCUGAGAUUACUCCCAGCAUUGGAGACUCUAGGAGAAUGACAGCGGGUUUAAAUGGAUACAAUUCUUUAUCAGACCGAGCAGCUUACAGCACAAGGGAUGAUACAAGAUUUAUGUCAGAUAGAUUUGCAGGUCCAUCUGCUUAUGAUCUAUCAAGUGCACAAGACCGGAAUAUAAAUUUUGGCAGUAGAGACCUAAGGAAUUCAGAACGCAAUUUUGAUAGGCCUCAUCCAAGUUCACCUCCCACACGUGGACAGGGACCCGUUUUUGCACAAAAUAUUCCCUCAGAGAAGGUGUGGCCAGAAGAUCGAUUGCGAGAUAUGUCUGUUGCUGCUAUUAAAGAAUUCUACAGUGCUAGGGAUGAAAAAGAAGUUGCUUUAUGCGUUAAAGAUUUGAAUUCCCCAAGUUUCCACCCAACGAUGAUAUCUCUAUGGGUUACACAUUCUUUUGAGCGUAAGGACGUGGAUAGAGAUCUUUUGGCUAAGCUUCUUGUCAAUCUUACAAAGUCUCAAGAUGGCAUUUUGAGUCCAAUUCAGCUUGUCAAAGGGUUUGAAUCUGUUCUCACAACUCUAGAAGAUGCCGUCAAUGAUGCCCCCAAAGCACCCGAGUUUCUUGCCCGUAUCUUUGCAAGAGUGAUCGUAGAAAAUGUUGUUUCUUUGGAUGAGAUUGGGCAGUUAAUAUAUGAAGGUGGAGAGGAGCCAGGUAGUCUUCGAGAGAGUGGGCUUGCAGCUGAUGUCCUGGGAAAUACCUUGGACAUUAUCAAAAAAGAGGAAGGAGAAAAUGUGUUGAAUGAGAUUCGUACAAGCUGUAAUUUGCGGUUAGAGACAUUUCGUCCUCCAGAUCCCAUUAGAUCAAAGAUAUUAGAGACAUUCAUUUAAUAGAGAGAUAAUGAUGCUCAUUGUAAACUUAGGGGGGGAGGAGGAAAAAAAAAAAAAAAAAAACAAAA